AUGGCCCGUAGGAUCGCGCUGAUCCUCCUUGUCCUCGGUCUCCUGAUCGUACCGUCGCUGUGUCGACCCAACGCUUCCGUCGGACGGGUGGUUACGGCAUCAACGGCUUCAUCGCAAGGAAAUGAACCAGAGGAGGAUUCAGGGAUGGGGGACGGGGAGGGAAACGGGGAAGGGGUAGGGGAGGCGAUGGAAGGGCGAGCCAUGGAUCCACUGGCAACGGGUACUCAGUGCAAUGUCACCGGCGCGUGCCUUAUCUGCACGGAGCAGCAGAAGGUGGAGGACCCCGCGUGCCAGCCGACGGGCUACCGCCAGGCCAUCUCCUGCAUCGAGCGCUACAUCGGCGCCGUCUCUUCUCUCCCCUCCGCGCGUGCCCGCUCUGCUGGCGCUACCAAGCCCCGCGGGGAAGUGGUGCGGGGCGCGCGCCAGGCGCGCGGAGAGGCUGGGGGGAGGGCGUCGGGCAGGGGGAGGGACGGGAUGGAUGACGCAGGGGGUGAGGGUGGCGGGGAGUUGCAGGUGGGAGGGGGAGAGAACGGGGCCGGGGAAGGCCGAGAGGCGCAGGAGAUUAGUUCUGAUGGGCGCAAGGGGGGCAGCGGACGCAGUGGGAGCAAUGGGAGCAGUGGGCGAAGAAUCCAAGAAGAAAUGGCUGGGGUGAGCGGUAGUGAGGGAGCUAAAGAGGAAAGCCUUGGUAGCGGUGAGCAGCAGGGGGUAGACGAGACGGUCGGUGGGUUGUCUGGGACUGGUCCUAGGAGGGUUAGGCUGCAAGAGGAACGAGCUGGGGGAGGGGAAUACAGGGAAGGAGUGCUUGCUGUGGGGAGGGAAGAGGGCAGUGGGAUGGGGAUUGGAGUGGCAGAGGAGGGGAAGGUACUGCUGAGACGGUUACUGGGGGAAGUGAGAACGGUGCAGGUGGCAGGGCGGGUGAGCAGCAUGGAAGCCAGCGCAGAGGAGGAAGGCGCCAGAGGCAGCAGCACUGGCAGUGGUGGUGGCAGUGGAGGAGGGGAGGGGGUGGGGGAAGAGAGGAUGAGGCGCUUCCUUACGUAUGAGUCAUGCAAGCCUGAAGUGGAGACUCUGUCGGUGCUGGGCUUUGAGGGCAUCAUGCUGGCAAUACUGGCAGUAUGCGGUCCCAUUGUGUACCAUCGGAAGAGGAAGGUGGGCAUGCAAGUAGGAACCGUGCGCCUCUCUAACUCCAGCAACCGCUUCUAG